AUGGGGCUUGUCAACUUUGCUUUGGCUGCGCUGCUGCUUCUGUGUCUUCUGCAUGUACAACCCAACAAAGCUGGCAGAAUUCUCUAUGCUGAAGCGAGGCUUAUGAAGCAUGAACUUAUGAACUUCCAGUCUCUUCCGAGAGGUGAUCUGCCUCCUUCCGAGUCUUCCAGGUGCACCUACAUCCCCGGUACUGGCGGAUCGGGCUGCCCACUCAAGGUCAAGAACUACGCAGGCCAUGGCUUGUCUCACCAUGCUUCUGCUUAUCCCCGUCUCACGGUUCCAUUUGGUGUGGCUACAAACCAUAAAUGA